AUGUCGGUGGCCCCGCCGCCUUUGAGAGGUCCCUCGGGGCUGUGGCUCCCACUCGGGCCAUCUCGGAUCUCCCGGUGCCUCUCCCGGCACCUCUCCUGGCCUUCCGUGGGAGGGAGGGCCCAGGUGGCAGCCGGUACUGUGCCCGCCCUGGGCCCACCUCUCGGCUUAGCCUCCCCGGGGAAGGAAGUAUUGUUUCGGAGAGGCGCCUUGCUUAAUUCCGGCACCUGUAGUUGGUUGCCUGGCCCAAGCUGGAGAAUUGGAGGCAACUUUUACCAACCCCAGCCUAACAGCCAGGAAUUUGGAUUGGAAAAGGGCGGCAGGAGCCGGCAGCCACUAGCUUGGAUUCUUAACUCUUGCUGGUCCUUGCGGUGUCUGGUGGUUGGAGGAGGACCCUGCGGCUUGCGUACUGCCAUUGAACUUGCCUAUCUGGGAGCCAAAGUGGUCGUGGUGGAGAAGAGAGAUACUUUCUCCAGGAACAACGUGUUGCACCUUUGGCCAUUCACCAUUCAUGACCUGCGGGGCCUUGGUGCCAAAAAGUUCUAUGGGAAGUUCUGCGCGGGUUCCAUUGACCACAUCAGUAUUCGACAGCUCCAGCUCAUCUUAUUUAAGGUGGCCCUGAUGUUGGGAGUGGAAAUCCACGUGAACGUGGAGUUUGUGAAGGUCCUCGAGCCUCCUGAAGAUCAGGAAAACCAAAAAAUAGGCUGGCGUGCAGAAAUUCUACCUGCAGAUCACCCGCUAUCUGAUUUUGAGUUUGAUGUCAUCAUUGGUGCUGAUGGCCGCAGGAAUACUCUAGAAGGUUUCAGAAGGAAAGAAUUCCGUGGGAAGUUGGCUAUUGCAAUCACUGCCAACUUCAUCAACAGAAACACCACAGCUGAGGCCAAGGUAGAAGAGAUCAGUGGGGUGGCUUUCAUCUUCAAUCAGAAGUUCUUUCAGGAUCUUAAAGAAGAAACAGGGAUUGACCUAGAAAACAUCGUCUACUACAAGGACAGUACUCACUACUUUGUGAUGACAGCAAAGAAACAGAGCCUCCUGGACAAGGGGGUCAUUGUGAAUGAUUAUGUUGAUACGGAGCUCCUGCUUGGCCCAGAGAACGUAAACCAAGACUGCCUGCUGUCCUAUGCAAGGGAAGCAGCCGACUUUGCUACCAAUUACCAGCUGCCUUCCCUGGACUUUGCCAUGAAUCACUACGGCCAGCCUGACGUGGCGAUGUUCGACUUUACCUCCAUGUAUGCCUCUGAGAACGCAGCCUUAGUUCGGGAGAGACAAUCCCAUCAGCUCCUCGUAGCCUUGGUGGGAGACAGCUUAUUAGAGCCUUUUUGGCCCAUGGGUACAGGUUGUGCUCGAGGUUUCCUGGCAGCCUUUGAUACAGCGUGGAUGGUGAAGAGUUGGGACCAGGGAAUUCCACCCCUGGAGAUUCUGGCUGAGCGGGAGAGUCUUUACCGACUGUUGCCUCAGACGACUCCAGAAAACAUCAGUAAGAACUUUGAGCAGUACACCCUCGACCCUGGCACUCGGUACCCAAACCUCAACUCCAACUGUGUCCGGCCCCAUCAGGUAAAGCAUUUAUACAUUACUACGGAGCUGCAUCAUCUGCCUCUUGAGAGACUGGGCUCCAUAAGAAGAUCAGUCAGUCUCUCCCGGCGGGAAUCCGACAUCAGACCCAACAAGCUUUUAACCUGGUGUCAGAAGCAGACGGAAGGCUACCAACAUGUCAACGUCACGGAUCUGAGCACCUCCUGGAGGAGUGGUCUGGCCUUAUGUGCUCUUAUCCAUCACUUCAGACCAGAUCUCAUCAACUUCGACUCUUUGAAUGAAGAAGAUGCCAUUGAGAACAACCAGCUGGCAUUUGACAUUGCAGAGCGGGAGUUUGGAAUCCCCCCCAUGACCACAGGCAAAGAGAUGGCAUCCGCCCAGGAGCCAGAUAAGCUCAGUCUGGUCAUGUACCUCUCUAAGUUCUAUGAGCUGUUUCGAGGGACACCCCUCAGAGCUGUUGAUUCUUUGGGUAAAAAUUAUGGAGAGAAUGGUGACCUUAGCUUAGCCAAAUCAUCUAUUUUUAAUAACUAUCUCAACCUAACCUUCCCCAGGAAGCGGACCCCACGGGUAGAGAACCACACAGAAGAAAAUGACAUGAAUAAGCGAAGACGGAAAGGCAUAGACAAUUUGGAAGAGUCCUCAAGCUUUUCUAGCCGCAGCACUAGCUCAUUUCGAGACUAUGGCAUUGGAAAGGAAGGCAUGAAUCAAAAUAAAGUGAAGUCCAUGGCCAACCAGCUGCUGGCUAAAUUUGAAGAGAAUACUCGGAAUCCUUCUUUUCUGAGACAGAAUGUAGACCCACCUCUAAAACAUUUCCUAGCAUUCCUUGCUACCACCUUCAACCCCCACACUCCCAACAUAUUAGCAGACCAGCAUGGGGCUUUUGGUUGCCCUGGGGGGAUAGCAGAGGCUGGCUGGCCUAAGCUAAAAAGCUCCACAGAGGUCCAGGGCAGGAUGUUCAGGAGGAUGAGUGGACACCAGACGGCUGAGCUCUGGACACCAUUCGUGACCUCGGAGUUAAACGGAUCCUUGCUAAGGGCACCAACCAGCCUGUCCCAUUCCAGAGAGUUACUUCUUUUGACCUGGGUGGGAGCCUUUGAUGUUGGGAAAGCUCCUGAAAUGCCCACCUUGAAGGAUGCCAUGGAGAGUAUGAGGAGAUCCAUAGAAGAUUUUCUCCUCUCAGCAGAUGAGCCAACCUCCCCUAAAAAGCCAAAGAGCCUCCCUGGACCCUGUGAUGUGGACGGCCAGAGUGCUUUGUUCCCUGCAGAAUGGACCUCUGUGAAAAUUGGCCCCGAGGGAGAAGGGAAUGAAGAUGGCAUUCUGGCCAUAUGUGUCAUGGUCACCAGUGAUAGCAGCAGCUCUGAAACAGAGUCGGAUCCUGGGGGUGAUUCUUCCAAUAUGCAGUUUAGUGGGGAGAGGGCAUCGAGGGCUGAACACCUGCCUUGCCCAAAACCCCUCCAACGGCAAGUUUCCCUGACCGUUCCCCAGACCAAGAGGACAGACAUUGGAUACCCUGAAGAGUCAAAAGCAGCUAAUGCUCUGCAACGGGCCCAUAGCUUCCAGCAACCAACUUCAAACAAAUACCAAAACUGGAGAAGAAAAUUCCAAUCCAAUUUGACAUCAUUGAAUACUAAGAAAUCUGUGCUGUCUUCCAAGGACCCUUAUUCUUCCUCAGCCUCCAGUCCUGAGAAGCCUUCUGGUGAUGUUCCUGUGUCUCAGGUGACAUCAUACACCAAUUCUCCCGAAAUCACAAGAAGAUAUUGCCAGCCUCAAAGUCCAAUCAUUCAGGAAAGAGUCCACAUGCGAGAGGUGUGCAAGGAAAUCCCCCUCUAUGUACCUCAUCAUUUCCAAAAGGAGGCAAAACACCCCCUGGUGACACCCAAGGAAGAUUCCUCUUCCACACACAAGCCAAGGGAUGCUGAUGUGAAGAGUUCCAAUGGCCAUAGGAAAGCCAAAGCAAUUCCUUGGGAAACUUGGAGUACCCAGGAUGGUCUAGAUCAUGGUGGAGUAGAGACAAGGAGCAGGAUAUCUGCUGAGGAAGGCCAAGGAAAUGCAAGCAUAGGAACUAAGAGAGAAGACUACCACCUGAAAUCCACCGAGGGGAAAAAACAAUGCUUAAAGAAAUUGGUCCUCACUCAAGAACAAAAGUCCCAGUUGCUGGACUGGAAUGACGCUAAUGCAGAACAUUUAAGCCUGGGUGCUAGACAGAGACCAGACCCAAUGCAUGCCAGAGAUGGUAAAAGCAGGGAAACAUCAAAGCUGGCUGACCUUUCAUCAUUGUCUGGGCCGGCCAGGGAAGCCUUGUCAGACCAGAGGGGGAGUCCGGAGGGAGUCUGUGGCCCAGCACUGAAGGCUGCAGGGGAGUGGACAGUACUCAGACCCAAAUCCCCUCUGCGCCUGAUAGCGAAUGCAAUCAGGAGGUCCUUGGAGCCCCUCCUCUCUAACCCAGAGGGCGGAAAGAAGAUCAGUGACUACAGAACAAAAGCACCUUUGGAGAACUUGUCUUUGAGUGGCCCCCACCCCAGUGUUCACUCCCAAAACUUAAGGAAAACAAGUUAUAGUAAAGACUGGGAUGUGCAGAAGCCCAGCCACGUCUCCUUACUGGCACCGGGGAAGGAGAAAGGGACCACAGACUCAGCCUUCUCAUUACAUGGUGCCACCCAUGGUGCCAUUGAGGCUCCACCAGGGGCACAUAACCCUUCAGGUAGAGCUGCCCGGGCUUGCAGUUUACCCAGUAGGCAAAAGAGGCCUAUGACCCUACCCUCUGCCAAGGUGGAAGAUGUCUUUGACAAAGUUAGCCUGAAAGAGGUUCUACUGGGGAGACCUUUGGACCAGUACAAUGCCCUGGCGAAGAAAAGCACUCUCUUUUCCUCCUUUAGACUCAAAGAAAAAACUGAUGACAACCUGGGGUCAAUGAGAACAACAAAGGAUCUCAGCAAUGUCUUUAGUAACCCAGGAGCAAUGGACAUCUGCCAUCCUCCAAAGACACCAUCUCAGUCAUGGAAUAAGUCUUCCUCAGGCCACGUGGACAUUCCUUUCCCUGGAGAAAACUCAUGCUCCAAGCCCUUACCUGUCAGAGCACAGAUGACUGAGUGUUAUUCCUCCUUCUCCUCCUCUUCUGAUACCACCUCCUCCUCAGAUGGUGAAUUUGAACCCAAACCUUCCUUACCACCAAAGGAAAGACGAACACUUAAAAGAAUAAGGAAGAUGGAGAAGGCUUCCAAACUGCUGGCUAAGCAAGAGGAAUUCAAAAGGCUAUACAAGGCACAGGCUAUCCAGCGUCAGUUAGAAGAGGUGGAAGAACGCCAAAGAGCCUCGGAGAUCCAGGGUGUCGAGCUGGAGAAAGCGCUGAGAGGAGAGUCAGAUUCAGGAGCACAGGAUGAGGCACGGCUCCUGCAUGAAUGGUUUAAGCUGGUCCUGGAGAAGAAUAAAUUAAUGCGAUAUGAAUCUGAGCUCUUGAUCAUGGCUCAAGAAUUAGAACUGGAAGAUCACCAAAGCAGGCUGGAGCAGAAGCUAAGAGAAAAAAUGUCCAUGGAAGAGAGCGAAAAAGAUGAAAAAGUUCGGAAUGAGGAACAGGAGAUUUUCACCGAGAUGAUGAAAGUGAUUGAACAGAGGGACAAACUAGUGGAUUCCUUAGAGGAGCAGAGAGUGAAAGAAAAAGCUGAAGAUCAACACUUUGAAAAUUUUAUGUUAUCUCGAGCUUAUCAACUCAGCAGAUCAUGAAGAAACCUGGGUGCAUGCAUCCCAGCCACUCAGGGCAGCUCAAGGAUCUUGGGGGGGUCAGAAAAAGAAAAAGUUGCCUGAUGAAACAUGUUUGGAGAAAUUCUUAGUACCAAAGCUGUAACACUGGUGGGCAAGUAGGGCUAUGCCCCGGGGGAGUGAAAUUUAGGGGACACAGACUACUACACUUGCAGCCCUUUCAGCAACAAAGGAACAACUGAGCUUAGCAUGUAAGGGGAGCUUUUACCUGGCACUGCCCUGCCCCAGGACUGGCAUCACAAUGUCCUUGGGUCAAUACUCCUCCCCAUCACAUGAACGUUAUACUACUGGCUCUGGGAGCAAAAAAUGGCUAAUUAUGACACUCUCUUUCAAGGUCAUAAACAGAUAAACAGAGAAAAAAAUCCAAAGACAGAUUUUUUUUUUUAAAGAAGAACAAUAGCAUGGUAGAGUGGUAAGGUACUAGACUGUAUUCUAGGUCCCAGGUUCAAAUCAUGUCUCUGUUACUUAGUACCUGUAUAAAUUUGGCCAGUCAUCUUUCCAGGACUCAAUCCUCACCUAUAAAUGAAAGAAUUGCACUAGAUAACCUUUGAGGCUCCUGCUAACUUGAGAUCCAUGAUGCUAAUAAGAAGCAGUCUAAUCAGGUGUAUAACUGCUCUCCCAGAUCCUCCCAGAAAUUUACAAGGACUAUUUUGAAAAUGUUGGCCAAGUCACCAGACACUCUGUUGCUCUCUUGGGUUAGUACUGGUGCCUGGAGAAUGGACAUCAUCUUUUGUCCCCAUGGAAGUGACGCACACACUUGGGCUUUACUGUUACAAUUAAGACUGAGCUUUCUUAAUCCUCGGAUAUCAUUGAGAGGGCUCUCUGUGCUUUAGCAUUUUAAAGAGACUUUUUUCCCCCAUUAAUUUAUCCAUAUUUGUUUUUUUUUUUUAUGGGUGGACUGUUUUUAAAUGUCAGAAGGAAGCUCCACUCCUUUAAAGAUUAGAUUAAUAUUUAAAUUGGGUUUCUAGAGGAGGAGAAGCCCCUUUGUCCACUGAUUACACAAAGCAAACACCCAGUAUAGCAGGUGUGAAUUCAUUCUAGGGUGGGUUUAAUUUACCAGGUGUAUUUGCAAACCCUAAUGUAACGUACACAAGGGAUGUACUUUUAAUACAACAUUUGAGUGCUAAUUUUGUCUAAGUCCCAAACUGUUACUUAAUACCAGAGGGAUUAACAGCUUUGACAAAAUGUUAUGGGCUUAAAAAUGUCUUGCCUUUGGGGAACUCUAUUUGGUGGGGUCCAGAACAUGAAAAAGCAAGUUGUAGCAUGGCUAGGCUUUCCUAAUUCAUGGUUCUUUGAGGGUUUUAUGUGCUGUCCUUGAUAGAAAAAAGAGAGAGAGAGAGAGAGAGAAAGAGAAACCCCAAUCUUGGGCAUCUAAGCUCCAACCUCUGUUUUAGCUGCUGCUAAAAUAUGACAAUACCAGGUCCCAAUUAGUGUGAAUUAGUGUCCCUUGAAGUGGUCAUGUGUAUUCCAAUUUGCACUAUUCAAAAUUAUAAUGAUAUAAAAUUAAGAAAUUGAUUCCAACCCAAUAGAAACAUACAAGAUGAAUUCAAAGAAUGAGACCACUUGGGAGCUGUUACUCUCUUUGAUUGGUGUCUAGCUCGUGGACUUCCCCACUCCUGCGCUUUCAGGCCCAAGUUCCAGAUUUCUGAAGUUUCCGUUAGUGAUUGGCAUGACACCUGUGACAGUGGAUGUGGAAGCCAAAACCUUUGGAUCAAUCAGAAGAGAAUGAUGGUUUCCCAGCCCAUUCGGGCAUCUUCAAAGAACUGUCUGUCACUGACCAGGAAGAAGGUCAUUAAAUCCUAGGUAUCUCCAUUGGCUUGGGUUGGCUGAAGGUCUGGUUUUGUUAUUAGGUAAAAGGUGCUUCUAUUAUUGUCACCUAGGACUCAAGAGCUAUGUAAUUAAUUUGACUCAUUAUAACUUUAAAGUCUGUUAAUCUGUGAAACCAA